AUGUUAUAUUUAACCGUAUUAUUAGUGUUAUCUGCAGUGAUAGCAGAGUUAGGAGGAAACAUAAUCAAAAUUGUGGUACUAGAUAUAAGACGAGGUAAUAAUACUGUAGAAGACCAGUGGGACUAUAACAUCACUGGACGCUUCAAUAAUAGAUUCGCUGUUAUACGAUGGAAAGAAAUCAACACAGAAACUGAUCAUAUUCACCAGGUCCAAAACGAAUUCAACCAGUCUCAGGAUUUCAUUUUCUUCACGACCAGCUUGUGUGAACAGACAAUUCUACUGGACACCGCCAUUCCUUCUGGUUACAACUACUCCUGUCUGUCCUCAGUGAGAAGGUCUAGCUAUUCACCAGAUAGAAGGAUGUGUUCCUCUUCCUAUCCACCAGGAUCAGACCCACCAACAUCCAUCCAAUCUAUCAGCUACUGUCUGUACCAUCGUCAUUCUGAUAAAAACAUCAAUAUUAUUGUCUCAGUAGUUCAACAUCUUCAGUGGAAAAAUCUCAUCAUUCUCUAUUCUAAUUAUACUGAACUGCAGAGUAAAAUGGUAACAGAGAAAAUAGGAGAUGGUAUCAUUCUAACUAUGUAUAAUUUAGAUCAUCUUCAAAAUAAAACUCUACACUAUACUUUCCUUUUUAAUAAAAUAUAUCAUAAAACAACGUAUGAAGAACGUAAUAUAUUAGUUAUAUGUUCUCAGGAUUGUAUCAACAAUGUUUUAAUACAGGUUGAUGAAUAUGACAAGAGAAACAGUGGAGCUACAGCUAUGGGUGUCUUCUCGAAAUGGUUGGUUGUAGAUUUUAACAGUAGAACAAUACUCAAUAAUCCCUGUGAUCUAAAAAUAGAUAAUGUCGCUGUCAUCAACUUUCCUUUUACUGAAGAUGAUGCUGUAGACUCUAGAAAGGGUUUUGCAGUCAGUAUCAAUUCAUUGGUAAACGAUAUAGCAGAUACUGAUGAAACUAUGAAUCCAGGAAAUUUGACCAACCUGAUGCAUCAAGAACUCAUGGAAAUGACCACACUGACUGACUGUUGGAAAGCGGAAGUUAGCACGUUACUAUGGAAACCAGGAGGUCGUCUGCUGAGUCAGGUUGGACUCGUGGAUUUUUCAGAAAACGUCAACCUAUUUCCAGACGUGUCUAUUUUUCCCAACACUAAACUCGGUUUCAAUAAGCGAGUUUUCCUGACCACUAUAAACGAGUGGCAACCAUUCGCGAUGCGACUAUCAGUAAUAAAUGGAACCUAUCAUUAUGAGGGGUAUGUUAUAGAUCUACUAGAAGUUUUAGCAACAGCUUUGAACUUCAGUUAUAUAUUAACUGAACCAGAAGAUGGAGAAUGGGGUCGAAUAUUGAACGGGUCUUGGACUGGUGUGGAGGUGGAUUUGUUUGUUGGUCCUCUGGCGAUAUCAUCUUCAAGAGAAGAGGCUUGUGAUUUCACCUUCCCUUAUUUCUACGUGUACUCUUGCGUCAUCUUCCGCACGCCGGACCCCAAUAAUAGAAAAUGGCGGAAGCUGAUAGACCCUCUCACCUGGCAGGUAUAUGUCUGUAUCCUCUCAUCGUUUGUUGGUAUUAUAAUUUUACUGUACGCUAUAGAGAGAUUAAACCCAUUCUACCAACAUUCUGUGACUAGAAGACCAACGUUUCAAGGACUAAUCUUGUAUCUGUUUGGAGCUCUGCUCUCUCAAGGUGGUUCAUCAAUGCCAUCAUCAACGGCUGGACGAUCGUUACUAGCAGCGUGGUGGAUCUUUUGUUUGAUAACCGUAGCUACAUACAGUGGGAACCUGAUAGCUUUCCUAACCGUCUCAAGACAGCCUAUGCCGUUUGAAACUCUGGCGGAACUGGGCAACCAACGGGAAUAUAAAUGGGGCACAUUGGGAGGAAGUAUCUGGGUUUCUUUAGUGAAGGAUUCUAAUUUAACAGUGUUUAAAGAUCUAUGGAACGGUUUAAAAGAAUUUAACCAUUCCGAUCCUGAUGUCUUUAGCUUAGAUCAACUUCUUCAUAAAAGGAAGGUUGAAAAUGAAGACUAUGGAUUCAUAGCUGAUAAGACAACCGCCGAGGCCUGGGUUUGGGAAAAUUGUGGUUUAACUUAUCUUAAGGAACUGUUUCUACCAAUGAAUUACGCCUUCGCUCUUCAGGAUAAUUCUCCUUAUUUAGAAUCUUUCAACGACGAGAUGAUGAAGCUUUCUGAAAGUGGGUUGGCACAAACUUUAAAACGAAAAUGGUUUCCUAAACAGAACAAAUGUUUAGGACAUAAUUCAGCUAAGGCUAUAGAGCUGUUAGAUAUUCAGAGUGCGUUCUAUGUGAUAGGUAUAGGGAUUGUUAUAGCCUGUAUGGUGAUGCUGGUUGAACGAAUUCUUGUUAAAACGGUGAAAGACAACAAAUCGAAAUAUCAGUUAUUAUGGAAUUGUCUUAAAGAUGAAGAUUUAAUUUAA